AUUUGGAAAAGAUAGAUAAGAGGGUGGGCUAAAGUGUAAUUUUCCCCUCUCAGAAUUUCAUCCCAAUCUCAUCAUUUUGUGUGGCAUAGAAUGAGAUAGCCUUUCUUAGAUUUCCACUCUCUUUCCUCCUCACACUCACACCCAAAACCACACCACUCCUCCACAGCUCCAAAAUCACACACAUACACAGAGUGUAGUACCAGCAGCAGAGGUUCCAAUGGCCAACAUGAUCAUGGCCUCUUCCAAAACCCUAAUCACAUCCUCCUCAACUCUCCCCCCUACCCCAAAACCCAAACUCUCUCUCCCCAAACUACAACUACCCAACUUCCCAAACCCCCCAAAAAUUCUCUCUCUUCCCCUCCCCACCACCACUCCCACCGCCCUCAAAUCCAUCUCCGUCAUACUCGCCACUUCUCUUGCGGCGGCGCCACCUUCACUCGCGGAGGAGUUCGAAAAAGCCGCCCUCUUCGACUUCGACCUCACACUCCCAAUCAUAAUGGCCGAAUUCUUGAUCCUCAUGUUCACACUUGACAAGCUUUACUACUCCCCACUUGGGAAAUUCAUGGACGAGAGAGACGCGGCCAUUAAGGAGAAGCUGGCGAGCGUGAAGGACACGUCGGCGGAGGUGAAGCAGUUGGAGGAGCAGGGUACGGCGGUGAUGAGGGCGGCGAGGGCGGAGAUAUCGGCGGCGCUGAACAAGAUGAAGAAGGAGACACAGGUGGAGGUGGAGAAGAAUUUAGCGGAGGGAAGGAAGAAAGUAGAGGCUGAGUUGCAGGAGGCUUUGGCUAAUUUGGAGAAACAAAAGGAGGAAACUGUUAAGUCUCUUGACUCUCAGAUUGCUGCUCUUAGUGAUGGGAUUGUCAAGAAGGUCCUCCCUCUCUAAUUACUCUUUAUCCCCCUCUAAUUUUCUGUAUUUAGAGAGAGAACAUAAAGGUUUAUGUGAUUAUAAUGACUUACAAUCCUUUUGUGUGUGUGUGCCUAGAAUUGGAUUAAUGUGUACUGAUUCUAUGAAAGAAUUGCAUAUUAUAAUUGUGAAAUACAUACUUAGUUUUGGUCGUUUUUAGCUUCUUGGUAGCCUUAUUAGCAGCGCACCCGUAUAGAAUAUAUUUUUUAAUUUUUUUUUUCUCUUUCCC